AUGGAUCAGCAGCCCAGUCAGAUUUCUGGUAUGACGGAUCUCCUGUACGGUACCGGGCCUGUAACGACUGGCGGAAAGGCCAGAGCGAGCAAGACUCGCUCGUCCCGCGCUGGGCUCCAGUUCCCCGUCGGUCGUGUCCACAGGCUGCUGCGUAAAGGCAACUACGCACAUCGCGCUGGUGCCGGCGCUCCCGUUCACCUGGCGGCUGUACUGGAGUACCUGACCGCUGGAUCCGAGUUGCCAAACGCCGCCCGCGACAACAAGAAGAGCUGCAUUCCCGCUCACCUGCAGCUGUGGCCGUCCGCAAACGACGAGGAGCUCAACAAACUCCUGGGCGGGAGGACCAUUGCUCAAGGCGUGCUGCCCAACAUCCACUGCCUGCCGCCCAAGAAGACCGGAGGAGAAGGCCCCCAAGUCCAAUGCCCCAGACACAACACACAGAGUGAACAGACAGAGCAGUGUUCAUCCAUGGACAGCGCCUGGGAGCAGAAGUUGGGGGAGUAA